AUGGAGGACGAGAAUGAGCUCUGGUCCACCGCUGCGGUAUUUCGCGGUACAGAGGAGUACGCCGCCGCCUUCAACCUAGAGGUGUGGAAGGCGCAGCAGCAGUCACGCAUGCGCAGUGAACUGGGGGAAGAAAAGGCGCGGUUGCAGAAGACAAUCGCGGCGGAGGUGCGCAAGCGCGAGGAGCAGCGCCUUGCGGAGCUUGACGCCUUCCGGCAGGAGCUGGAGCAGCUCGCGCGGCGGCUGCAGCUGCGCGAGGACGUGUUGCAGAGGCGCACUUCGCAGUUUGAGGCCCGUGAGGCGGUCUUUGAGGAGCGCCGCGUCAAGGUGGCGGAGCAGCACGAGCGGCACCUGGUCGCGCUCGAGGACCGCACACGGCGGCAGCUGGAAGAGGCAGUGGUACAACAAGACACCCUCAAGGCGGAGCUGCGCGAGCGCGAUGGCAGAAUUGUCCGCCUCGAGGAGCGGCUGCGUGCUGCAGAAAGCGAGUACGACACGUUGCAGCGCUGCAUGGCCCGCACCGUCGCGGACGACGAGGACAAGGCGCGGGCCAGCCGGCUGGAAGAGCAGCUGGCAACAGCGAAUGCGACGCUGAUGGGCCUACAGGUGCAGUUAAAGGAGCGGGAGGCGGAGCUGGCGCUGACCCGGAAGGAGCGCGAUCAGCUCGAGCGGGCGUCCAAGCUCUACAAGGAGCAGCUUGGCCAACUUGCCCAGCGUUACAGCGAUUUGCAGCAGCAGUGGCACCACCGCGAGCGGGUGCUGCUAGAGGACGAUCGCCAUCGUUUGGAGGAGGCGAAGCGGCGUCACGAACUUGCCGUACGUCAAGCGGGCAGUGGCGCGAAGGGCGUGCACGGCUACGAGCUGCUCCGUCAGCAGGUCGCAGAGAACAUCGCGCCUAGGGCACUGAGGGACGCGGUGUCCACGCGAGGUGGCGCUGGCACCGAGGACGACUACCACGCGCUACUCAAGGAGCUGCAGGGCGACGUGGCGAAGGGCCUGCACGAGUUGAAGGGAAAGGGGAAGAAGAGCACCUCCAAGCCGUCACGGCAGCGGUUGGUGUACGCCGAAGUGGCGCCACGCCGUCAUGCGGAGGAACUUCCGCGUAAGAGGCACACUGACCCAGCAGUCGCGACAAUAACAACAGCAACAGUAGGUGGCACGCAGCGUAAACCGCACAACGUGGCGCGAGCCACUGCCCCCCACGACGAGACCAUCACCUCGACACUCUCUUCUUUGUCACAACGCGAGAGCGAUGGCCGUCGCGAAUCGACGGAGCCGUACACCAGCCCUCUUGAGGACAGGCCUCUGGCAAAUGAGGAGGCAGAGGUCGACAUGUCCUCGUCUUACUGCUAUGCAGAGGUGGAGUCCUGGGCCACCGACGGCGAGGAGCAUCGUGCCUUACCGAGGGACGCGACAAGUUACUUGCCACCUCUCGUUCCCACAACCUCUGACAUAAAACUGGAGUUUCCGCCACCGCCACCGCUGCUGCCACCGCCCCAGCAGCAGCAGCAGCAACAGCCGCUCCCUUUGCCGGAGGAUUUUGUGCAGGCGUCGAGAGCAGCCCCACCGCCCCCCUCGCGGGACUCCACCAGGGCCGAAAUGGUGGCGUUUGUUGAGAAGCUGCAGGCGAAUAAGCAAAAACUCCUAGAAUCCGGCGUGUACAGUGAAAGUGACACACUCUUAAGGGAGAUGACGGACAAAAUUGCACUCUACGAGGAUUUUCUGUCGAAGCAUUUCUGA